AUGUCACAUGUCACUCUUAUUCGACUUGAAUCAUUAAGUAAUGAAGUGUUACUUCAUAUUUUGGAAUAUCUCGAUGCCUAUAUGCUCUACUUUGCUUUCUAUGGGCUAAAUCGUCGUUUUGAUGAACUUCUUCGUUCGUGUCAUCUUCAUGUGCUGUUUGAUGAGUCCAAACAUGACCCCAUAGUCUGGAAUACACUAGCGUCAUCCAUUGUCUAUUUCCAAAUUUAUCAUCUAUCGUUUCAUAGCAAUACUAUUGGUAUCAUUAAUAAACAAAUUUUACGAGCAACUGGGCAAACUCUUUCUUCUCUCUCGCUCCAAGGAACUGAUAAAGCAUUGAUAGACUUAGUUAUUCGACAGCUUGCAUCCAGUAAUCAAGUUAAACGUUUGACUAUUGACAUCGGAUCGACAAGUGGCUUUAGUUUUCCUUCUCUAGUGAAUUUUGUAUUUUGUAAAUAUGCUCAUUAUUUUAUAUCACUUGUGGACUGUUCAUUACGGCUAAGACAUGUUAGUGGUGAAUUUCAUCGAAUCACUGCUAUUUUUUCCCAUCUUCAUCGUUUCUCAAUAAGUCGUUGCCUUUGGACAUCGAACACCGUUUUAUUCCUUCAAGAUAAUACACCGAAUCUUCGAUCACUUCGCAUAUGGCCACAAGAGGAACUAUUAUCUACGUCGAUGUCGUCAAAUUAUAAACUAAAUCAUAUUCGCGAACUCGAGAUUAUUUACAAUUCUAAAUCACCUAAUAUGGCAUUUAUGUUGGCCUCGUUUCCAGCUUUACGACGACUUCGCAUUGAAUGGCGAGAUCUUCAAUGGAUCUCGAUUCUCUCCGGUGGAGAAUGGCAAAAAAUUAUUGAAACACAUUUGCCUGAUCUCCAACAAAUGACCAUUGAUUUCUGUGCUGUGCACACAAGUGCGAUUGAUGAACAGAUAGUUAGAACAUUUCAACGAAGUGAAUUUUGGUCGAGAAGACGAGUAAUAAUCAAGAUGACAACAGAGAAUCAUGAAUCGCGACAUCAACGAAUUGAAACCAUUUAUUUCGGAAAGCGAUGGCACUUUUGA